AUGGCCAUCCCGGCGCCGACCAUCAUGCUGUGUUUCCCACCCGAGGAGGAUCUACCUCCUGUAAACGUCGACGAGGCUCCCCCCACAAAGCGCCGGUCCAAGUCCCAGAGCAAGUCUGGCAAGUCCCAGUCCAAGUCCAACGAGUCCACGCCCUUUGGAAAGUACCUCACGCCGCCCAAGCGCCACUCUAGAAACCCAGACUACGUCUCGGACCCACCCAGUCCCGAAGAGGACUCGGAUUGCGUUCUCGCCAACCUCCCCGGCAUCGUGUCCGUCCCAAUCACCUCCUUGAUCACCGAGCACGGUGUGUAUCCCGUGUGGUGCCUGCCCCCACAGCCAACCACGACUUCAACCUGCUGCAACAACCGCCCACACACCCUCCCUCCCACACCUCCGGGUUCUCCUUGGCUUCUAUCCCGCACUCCCUCUAUCACCAUCUCCGAGUCGACUAUCGGUGUCGCCACCGUCUGUGAGAUGAGUGGGGAGCAGCCUGGCGCAGUGUGGUGCCUGCUCCCACCGCAACCCAUCUCGCAACUAGGCCACGCCGGUCGAAUGCACCUUGUCGACUGGGAGCCUCCCGCGCCGCCGUCUCCUCCCUUCACCGCUCCCCCAACCCCUCCCUCAUCCGAAUCGACUGCCGCCAUCGGCACCACGCCCCCCGGCAUGGGCACGUUCAAAGCGCUCGUCGAGGCCGCGGUGGCUGCCGCCAAGGAGCUGAGCCUGGAGACCGAGCCCAGCUUGCCGCAAACGCCACCAGUUCGUGGGCAAGCUAUGUAG